GCACAUACGCUUGCAUGCGACAACGUGAGCGCGAACUGAGUCCCUGCCCCGGCCCCACGCCCCGCGCACACGAACGAGAUAAAACACGUUUCCCAACGGCAGCGGCCAACGAAAAUUUUACCGCGUCCAUCUGCCCGUCCCGCUCGCUCGCACGUUUGUUGUCCGGCGGCCAGCGCGAGUGCAACAGGGACGACCGCCUGCCGACCAGCUUUCGCCCGUCUCGCCCGCUCGAGUCCGUGCGUUCAAAUUCGGCGGCGAUUUGUACAACAGGAAAAAUAGAAAAAAUAGUUUUGUGCAUGGCGGACAGAGGUUGCCGCACGAUUUUCCUUUGAUUUUUAGUGGAAAACGCUCCGACGACAGCGUGCAGACUCGUAUCGUGGACGGGGAGCGCGCAUUUUGGUGGCUGGCGGCCGCGUGACAAAAUCUCUUGUGAGUUUUCCAGUUUUCCGCGUGAAGAACGAUCCCGAGCCACCGCGAGUCGCUGAUCCAAAUUUCCCGAAGUUUUCCGCGGUUCCCAGUGGGAGCGGGGUCCAGACUCAGUGAAACAAACGCGAAGACGUUCCGGAAUUCCUGCUGUCCGGGUCGGGGCGAGUUUGUGCGGAAAUUGAGGUUUUGUUUUGCUCACUGGCGGGCCCCGUGUGAACGUCAGACUCGAGUCCACGACGUGGAAUUAAAGGCGCGGAAACGUCAACAUGGGGGCUUACCUGACAGUGCCCAACACAGAGAAGGCGUCCAGCGACGACGCGAACGAGUUCAUGGAGGUCGGCGCCAGCUCCAUGCAGGGCUGGCGGAUCAGCCAAGAGGACGCGCACAACUGCUUCCUCGACUUCGAUGUGAACACGUCCUUGUUUUCGGUGUACGACGGGCAUGGGGGCGCCGAGGUGGCGACUUAUUGCGCCGAGCGGCUGCCCGCAUUUCUCAAGGAACUGCCGGCCUACAAAAGCGGCGACUUCGAACAGGCCCUCAAAGAUGCUUUCCUCGGCUUCGACAGGACUCUUCUGGAGGAAGAGGUCAUCGAGGAGCUGAAGCGCCUCGCAGAGAAGAACCCGAACCAGGACAGUGAGGUGGCCGAGGACGAUGAGGAGGAGGACAUCAUGGAACUGUGCCAGGAGGGGUCGCUGCCACUCGACCAAGUCUUGGAGAAGUACAAAGGCGCGGCUGCGAAAUUCCCGCUCCUGAACAAACUCAAGCAAGACGAGGCUGGAGCCUCGGGCUCCGGAAUCGCCAAACCACUGUCACCAUUCCUGCGUGGACGACGUAACCCCAAUGCCGUCUCGAAUAACCUGGACGAGGCGGCCAACUUUGCGGGCGAUGCAGGGUGCGGUCCCUCAAGUUCGACAUCGUCCCUGGCUGUGGAGGCGGUCAAGUCGUCUAUCAACAUGCCCGACCUCGGCAUCGGCGACUCCUGUGUGAGCAGCUCGUGCAGCAAGAUCGAAGCUCGCCCGGUCAACAGCGCAGACUCUGCCAAUCAGAAAAUUCCCAGUACUAAAUCGAACGAGGCGGUUUCCGUGAGCGACACAAACGGGAUGAAGAGCGCGGAUGGUGUCGCCGACAGUUCAUCGAAUGACGUGAUAAAUUCCCAGGACUCGGAGGUCUCAUUGGGGAGGAAGACGAAAGUGCAGAAUGGCGACAUCACGUCUUCGUCCUCCAGUUCGACUUCAUCCCCGGCUUGCUCGGGUAACGGAGAGGUCUCAAGCAAUUCUAUUGGCAGCAAAUCACAUGAGAGGGCAGCAGCAGGUGGAACCCCCGCGGUCCGUUCUAAGGGCGCAGUGUCCAGUGGAAUCUCGUCAAGCACAACCUCAGUGGCCGCAGGCGGUUCCAGUGCGAAUGCUAAGGUACGGGCACAAGGAGAAAUGGACGACAGCAGUUCCGAUGAUGAUGCUGAUUUCCAUGCCGAAGAGGACAAUUCCAGCACAGAGGACGGUGAAGAGGAUUGCGAACCGUUUGAUGAUGAGUCGGACGAAGAUGAGAAUGAAGACGGAGAAGAUGAAGAGACCGACGAUGAUGAGGAAGGCCUCCUAGACGACGACGAUACUUCUUUCUGCCGCAAUAUGAUUGAAGAGCCCGGUAAAGAUAGUGGCUGCACUGCAGUUGUGGCACUAGUGAGCGGACGCGACUUAUACGUGGCGAAUGCAGGCGAUUCACGAUGUGUUGUCUGCCGAAAUGGAAAAGCAAUCGAAAUGAGUUUUGAUCACAAACCAGAAGACGAAGAGGAGAGCGAUCGUAUACAGAAAGCUGGCGGCAAAGUGACUUUAGACGGACGCGUCAAUGGCGGAUUGAAUUUGUCUCGAGCCAUUGGAGAUCAUGCUUACAAAAUGAAUCGAGAUAUACCACCGGAGAAGCAGAUGAUCUCCGCACUGCCAGACAUUAGGAAGCUAAUCAUCUCGCCGGCUGACGAGUUUAUGAUUCUUGCGUGUGAUGGUAUCUGGAAUUACAUGUCCAGUGACGAAGUAGUUGAGUUUGUAAAGAAGCGAUUGGAUGAGGGAUGUGUGAAAUUAUCACUAAUUUGCGAAGAGCUCUUUGACCAUUGCCUUGCACCGAACACAAUGGGCGACGGAACUGGCUGUGAUAAUAUGACGGCUCUUUUAAUACGUUUCAAACCCGCCCUUCAAAAUCUCUCGACAAAAAUUUCCGUUGAAUCUGAAGCGAUGCCCGUGAGCAGUGCAGCAGCGGCAGCCGCGGCAAAGAAACGUCUCGCUCCCCCAUUAAAUGCCGAAGACGAUAUAAGCAGUCUAGACAAUGAAUCAUCAAUCACUGAGGGAGGAGCCGCGCCUCCAGCAGCCAAGAAGCGUCCUGCAUCGCCAACCCGAAGUGAUGAGAAUAUUGUCUCCGGCGGCGCGGCAGCUCCAAGUGAAUCAUCAUCAUCAAGCAAUGAUGAUAACGCGGGCAAACGGUUGAAGACUGAGAACGAAGCUAAUGUAGCGAGCAGUAAGGAGGCGGUAGCCAUGCAAGAUGAGGAUGCUGCAAUGUCAUCGGUGACCACAUCGUCCACCGAAUCCACCGCGACUUUAACCACUGUCGAGAGUGAAAGUACAAUGUCGACGACAACGUCAACAACAUGAAUGACAAAGUCCCCCGAACGAUAAAAGAAAAGACUUGAAUAUUUUGAGUGAGGAAUUUUACACGAAAUGUAAGGUAAUCGUUACAGAAUAAAUGCGCCGUGGUGCGUGGAUUUUCAAAUGAAUUUAUUUAGAACGGGAUCACUACUUUGAUAGAGGGGGAGGAGAUAGUUUUCUUUGUUUGCGAGUCUUCUUCGUUUAAAUUCAACUUCACAACAGAACAAGUAGCUACAAAUUGGUCACGGACAAACGAAUCUAGUAAUACACACUUUAUUUACCCCCAGUUUAGCUUGUAAUGGAGCGAAUCUUGAUAUGUUAGCGGUGAGGACACAUCCUGUCCCUCCUGGUGGACAUGUAUAAGUUUACUAAUAAUUAUUUUUAGUUGUGUAUUUUAUUAUUAUAAUUAUUCUUGUAUAUUUUAGAAUUUAUGCUUAAUUUCCGUGAAAGAAUGUGACUAUGUUCCUUAUCCAUUUGCUUUUCCUAUUGCCGCGAAAGAGCUGCUCGCGUUGAUUUCCUUUCUUUAGUUUGUUCUGAUCGUCUCGAUAGGAAUCAAUUGAUCAGAUCUGUUAAAUUGGACGAAAGACAUUGGGUUUAAUUAUAGCAGAUUUUUCCUAUUGACAAUUAUCGAUAAGAUUUUGGCAGAAACAGCAAAAUGUGCAAAUCCGUACAGUUCGCGAUUGCUCCCGGUUAUAUACUCGUUCUGAGACCUAUCGUUCAGUUUCCACCUACAUUUAUUGUUAAUUCGUAUUUAUGAUGAAUACAAGAGCCGUAAAUAAGUAAUAUUAAAAUAAACCACAAAAACAAUGAGAGAAAGUAUGCAUUGAGAUGAGAAAAUAUAUUUAAAUAAAAUUAAAGAGAGGAUUAAGAAUAGA